GCUCUUGGGGAGAGAGGGUUUGCUCUGGUUCUGGGGUGAGUAAGUUCCCCCCUUGCUAGAGAAGGGGAGGCCCCACCCCAGAGCUGUGGGAGGGGGAGUCUCCGGAUUCAGAACAAGGCUGGCCCUGCUGGAGCCUGGAGCUGUCCCCAUAGCAACCCCAGCAGCUUGCCUGAGCAAACAAAAUGGCUGAUGUGGCCUCCGGCUGGGGGGGGCUGGAUCUGGGGGCCCUGAGCCCAGAGCAGCAGGCGCAGCUCAUGGAGUUCAAGAUUAACACGCGCAUUGCCAAUGAAAAGUACCUGAGGUCUCACAAAGAAGUUGAGUUGCUGUUAUCGGGAUUUCUCAGAGAAGUUAUGCUGAGAAGACCAGAGAAUAUCCAUGAGUUUGCAGCAGAACAUUUUACGGAUCCGGAGCUUCCAAUGAAGAUACAGAAAAAACUAGCAGAAAAAGCAAACCAGAUAAAUUGAGGGACACAUCCCAUUUCCCUUACUUGCUGAAGCAGGAUAGAAAUUUAGGAGGGUUUCUGUUUGCCCGUUUUGUGAUUCUUAGUUUUAUCCUGCAGAGAUUGUCUGGGAGGUGGUUAUUUGUAUUUUGAAGGCUUUGCAAUAUGGCUAAUAAAUCUCAGUUUUAGAGUGUCCUCUGGAGGCAGAAAGAGAGAUUGCACCAGCGUCUGUUUCUGGUGGUGUUUCAUGCUUCACAGCUGUAUGUUCGGACGGCUUCAUUAAAACAGAUCUGCUGGGUCAACCCUGUUCUAUUCAUGGGUGAUUUCCUUUCCCUGCUUGGACUUUUCUGCUUGGCAAAGAAAAGGUACAAAGACAGGAAUCAGCUCUAACAGCAGGAAGGUUUCUGUUUCUGAGGACAGAUUAUUUUUUUCCUAGUGGAAGUGGUUGUAGUAAUGGAAAUUAGGUACCGGCUAGUUUCCCACAAGCGUCUCCAUCGGUCACUUUGACACCUGCCUUUUGUCCUCCACCUAAACCUGGGCGGGAGCCGUGGGGCUGGCCCUUAUUUCUGUAGUUGGCUAAAGCCGACCUCCCGAACCAAGCAGCCGUGGGCAGAGGGCCCGCCAAACGCUGCAGUUCAGCCCUGGUUUUCUAGACACAUUUUUCCACCAGUAACAGUAUUUGUAGCAAAAACAAAAGGAAAAA